AUGGCCAAGACUACAGUGACACUUGCCUCCGGCCGCGAAAUGCCUCUGGUAGGCUUCGGGCUUUGGAAGGUUCCCAAGACUACUGCCGCUGAGACUGUUUACAGUGCUAUCAAGGCUGGGUACCGCCUCUUCGACGGCGCUUACGACUAUCAAAAUGAAAAGGAAGCUGGUGAAGGUAUUCGUCGUGCUAUUUCCGAGGGCCUCGUCACUCGUGAAGAGAUUUUCAUAACUACAAAGCUCUGGAACAACUACCAUCGGCGUGAACAUGCCGUGGACAUGGCCAAGAAGCAAAAUGAGGCCUGGGGUCUCGGAUACAUUGACCUUUUCCUCAUUCAUUUCCCCUGCGCUCUGAAAUAUAUUGAUCCAGAAGUCCGCCGUUACCCUGCAUGGUGGAUGGAUGAUAAUGGGACAGUCGAGCAAGACCGUGUCCCUAUCCGGGAGACAUGGGAGGCCCUGGAAGAACUUGUCGAAAGUGGCAUCGCACGCAGCAUCGGCGUCUCCAACUUCCAGACACAAUCUCUCUACGAUAUCCAGACAUACAAUCGCCAUCCCAUUUCCUCUUUGCAGAUUGAACAUCACCCUUACCUCGUACAACCAGAUUUGAUUAAAAUGGCUCAGGAAGCCGGCAUCGUCGUGACGGCUUAUUCCUCUUUCGGCCCUCAGUCAUUCCUGGAAUUGCCUCCAACCUUCUCCAAGAGAGCUAAUGAUAUUCCUCUUCUUUUUGAUGCGGACCCUGUUAGGGCUCUUUCCGCAAAGUAUAAUGUAACUCCUGCUCAGAUUCUUCUGCGCUGGGCUACACAACGUAACAUCGCGGUUAUUCCGAAAUCAAACAACCCCUCUCGCCUAGCUCAGAAUCUGGAUGUCCUUGGUUUCGAUCUUGAAGUAUCUGAGAUUGAGUCCAUCUCGAACCUCGAUAAGGGUCUUCGUUUCAAUGACCCUGGCUUUUACCUACCUAAUCAUCCUCUUCGUAUCUUCGGGUGA